UGGUUGUGACGUCAUGUGAAGUUUCGCUCCGCUUUAUUUUGCAGGAGAGGUUAGCCUAGCGGUUCGAUGCUACAACGAUAGUAAAGCGGAUUGUUGUCCAGCUGUCGGGGUGAACUCCCAUUCUGUCUCUGCGUGCAGCAAAAUGUCUUCUUCGGAACCCGACGGGACAUUCAGUCACCUCAACGAAUUUGAGAAGCUGUCGUGGAGGCCCUCUGUCCGCGACUCAGGUUCCAAGAAACGAGCACGGUGGCUUCAGGCUCGACGGCUCUUCUCGCCCACCUGCCCCAACCUGCGGAUCCCCAACAGGUUUCUCAGAGAAGGACACUGCAUACCGCCUGCCCGCAGUGGACACCGCUGUGUUGCAGACAGCGCCAACCUGUACGUGUUCGGGGGCUACAACCCUGACUUUGAGGAGGCGGGCGGGUCAGAGAACGAGGAUUACCCUCUUUUCAGGGAACUCUGGCGGUUUCAUUUCGCCACAGCCACCUGGCAGCAGGUUCGCACAGAGGGCUAUAUGCCCACAGAGCUGGCGUCUAUGUCAGCUGCCCUACAUGGAAACAACCUGCUGGUGUUCGGUGGAACCGGGAUCCCCUUCGGUGAAAACAACAGCAACGACGUCCACGUCUGCAACGUCCAGUACAGACGGUGGAACCUGCUGAGCUGCAGAGAGAAGAAACCAAACAAGAUCUACGGCCAGGCCAUGGUUAUUAUGAACGGCUACCUCUACGUGUUCGGAGGGACGACCGGCUACCUUUACAGCACCGACCUGCACAGGUUGGAUCUGAGCACCAGAGAGUGGAGCCACCUGAAACCCAACAACGCGCCAUCRGAUCUUCCCGCGGAGAGGUACAGACAUGAGCUGGCUCAUGACGGACAGAGAAUAUACAUUCUAGGAGGUGGAACUUCCUGGACUUCAUAUCAGCUAGAUAAAAUUCAUGCAUAUAACCUGGAGACCAAUUACUGGGAAGAAAUAAUAACUAAACCUCAUGAAAAAAUAGGAUAUCCUGCAGCACGUCGAUGUCACAGCUGUGUUCAGAUCAAARAUGAGGUGUUCAUAUGUGGAGGUUAUAAUGGCGAGCUGAUCCUCUCUGACCUGUGGAAGAUAAACCUUCAGACGUUCCAGUGGACGAAGCUCCCGGCCGUCAUGCCAGAACCGGCCUACUUUCACUGUGCUGCCGUCACUCCGGCGGGUUGUAUGUACGUCCACGGCGGCGUGGUCAACAUGUCCGGAAACCGACGGACCGCCUCUCUGUACAAAGUGUGGCUGGUGGUUCCCAGUCUGCUGGAAAUGACCUGGGAGAAACUGCUGAAAACAUUUCCUCAUUUAACGCAGCUGUCCACCCUGCAGCUGCUCAGCCUCGGACUCACUCACUCAUUAAUCCAGAGRCUCAAAUAGACUCAACACCAGGACUGAAUAAACUAAAGCAACACUCAUGAUCUCAGCGGUAAAUAGAAAAAAAAACCCAUGUCUUAUGAAAAUACUUUAGAGUUGUUUCUUUAAGUGCAUUAUUUGGAGUUUGUCAGAUUUUCCUUCAGAGAGUACAGCAAACUGUGCUAAUUUCAACCUCUAUGCACUCGAUACCUAUUUAAAAAAACUGCUUCUUUUUUGCCAGAGGAACCUGUGGAGCGUGAAACUAUAUGAAAGAUCCCCCGUUGGAAGAGAAAAUGACUUCUGAUGGUGUAGUUUUGACUCAUGAAGUGUUUAUUUCACUGUUGCUGAACCUCGCUGCAGGAGUUAUUUUUAAAUGCUGGAAUUUAAAACUAGUGAAUCUGGUGGUCUGUCUUUACAAUUAGAAGAUUCUCAUAAAAAAGCAUGAAAGAUAAUUAGCUUUAUCGGCCGUYCCUCUCACUGAUGCGUUUUAUUGUUUUAGACACGACAUCACUGUGAAGUUCCUGUGCCUCUACAGUCGUUCCCCUUCACUUCAAAUUUGUGGUUCCACAGUGAUUUUCAACCCGAUUAUACUUAUUUAUUGAAAUGAUUUCUUUGGUGCCUUCUGACCUCCCGAAACAUUUCUUUAAACCAUUUUUUAAGUGUUUACGACUCAGUGGUCUAUGCGGUGCUCUUCACUUGAGCCUUUAGACGUUUCAGCUGAUGUUCCUGCAGACUGUGCAUUAACUCAAAACUCACAGAUUUUAUUUAUUUCAAACACUGUGCUGAUUUAUGACAAACUUUGAAAAUGUACUUCAACGUGUAGCUGUUGUUUUUCAAUAUUAUCCCUGCUAUCAUUGUCAUUUUUACAUUGUAAAAAAAACUUAUACAUUUUUCUAGAGGUUGUAGUUCUCAAGUUUUGGUACUUGUUAGAGUUGCAAGUGGUGGUAAAUACUAUGAGAUGUUUUUUUUAAUCUAAAUAUGAGACACCAGCAGUUCUUUUCCAUGUACUGUACAUUUAAACUUUAAAUCCGGUCCUGUUGCCUUUAUUUGUUGAACUUUGUUUCAUGUAAAUGUGUCGGUACACUUUCCCUUSACCUCAUCAUUCUCAAACAUGAACAUCAUGUUCUCAGACAUAUUUAUGUUUUUUUGAGCAGCCCACUGCUUAUCAAACUUAGUACCGGAGUUGAAAUUAUCGUCUACAGAUUUGCAUCACUUCUGAUGAUGGAAGCUAAAAUCUUCUGCAUGUAAAUGUGGUUUUGCAUGAAACUACACAGAAUCUCUGUGAAAGAAGUGAAUGUGUCCCUAAGGUUAAAAAUGRGUACGAUGCUUGGUCAGUUUUUGUCUGUACAAAAGCUAAAUAAAAACAAAACAAGCA